UUUAAAACGAAAUGUGUUUCAAUUAGUAUCUAUAAUGAUGUUUCCAAAUACCUGUUGUGUUCUUUGUAUGCGACUGACAAUGUUUCGUUUAAGAUAAUAGGUUUUGUCAUGCACAGUUUAAGUUGUUAGCCUUGAAGCAGAAAUGAGGGGCAUAAGAGUGCGACGUAGACCUUGGACUAUGAUAACUGGUUUAGCUGUUUGGUGUGGAUUUUUUACUAUGAUUUGUGCAGCUAUUACACCAGCACCAUGUGAUAAAACGAGACGAGUAUUUACAGAUCAACAUGGCACAAUAUCCGAUGGUCCCUCUGGUACAAAUUAUACAAAGGAUUCCCACUGUGAAUGGUUGAUAAAAGCACAAAAUUCAAGCCAAUUUAUAACACUCACUUUUAGUAGCAUGGGCACUGAGUGUUCUUACGAUUACGUCUUUGUAUAUGAUGGAGACUCAUUUAGAUCUACUUUAUUAGGAAGUUUUAGUGGGAAAACGGAACCGCAACAAGUUGUGGCAAGUUCAGGAAAUAUGUUGAUCUUGCUUUAUUCUGACACAAAUUACGUAUUAGAGGGUUUUCAAGCAGAAUAUAAUAUAUAUAAUUGUCCAAAUAAUUGUUCCCAACAUGGGGCUUGUGUUGGUCAUACUUGUGUGUGUGAAGGUGACUGGGGUGGUAAAGAUUGUUCGAGAGAAUUAUGUCCUAACAGAUGUGGUAGUCAAGGAGUUUGCAAAGGCGGAAGAUGUCACUGUCAUCCAGGUUAUUCUGGACAAGGUUGUACCUUGUUCCAUGAUAAUCCGAAAGGCAAUCAGUGGCAUUGGCUGAGUCAUUCAGAAUCUGGUUUUGCACCCAGGGCAGCUCAUACUGCUGUAUAUGUUAAUGAUACUGAUUCGCUAUAUGUGUUUGGAGGAUAUAAUUUAAACAAAGUUUUAGGUUCUUUAGAGAUUUUUAAUUUUAAUACAAGUACCUGGCGAGAUGAAGAUGGAAAAGAACUGGAGGGUAUGCCACCUCUUGAAUUGGAUCAUAAUAUUUUUAAAGAAGUAUUGGGCCAGAAUGGUCUAGGUGGUGAGCGUUGGGGUUUGCGGCCGCACGCCUCGUUAUUUAGAAACGUUUUAUAUUCGAUUUCUGAUAAUUCUACAUUCCGUCGUACGAGAUCUACGGAAUUUCAAAAUGCAUCUCUUUCUGAUUUUUCUGGCAAUUUUUCAUCAAGCAAGCCCUUACCUAGAUAUGGUCAUGCAGCAUGUAGAGUUGCAGAUGGUUUUGCUAUGUAUGGUGGAAAAUUAGAAAAUGGUAUGCUGUCAAAUGAACUCUGGUUGUAUAAUGUAACAUCCAAGCAUUGGUCGUUACGAGGAUUUCACAAUAAACGCCCUCCACCGCUUACUAGACACUCUUUAACAUUGGCAGGGAAUGAUUUGUAUUUAUUUGGAGGAAGUACUGAUGAUGGGGAAUUUUCAUCCAGAAUAUUUCGAAUUCGCCUAUCUCAAAACACAUCAACUGAAAAAGAAGUUUGGUCAGAAAUACGUCCUCGAGGUGGAAAAGAACUUGAUGUACGAGUUGUUGCACAUACAACAGUUUAUCACCCAACAUCUAAUUCAUUAAUUGUGUAUGGAGGUGUAGUUGCUGGUGUAGCAAGGUUUUCUAAGUUAUCAGAUAGAAUGUUUGCAUUCCAACUAAAUAGUAGGCAUUGGGCUGAACUACAUUAUCCAAGAGCUCAUUUGCGAGACAGCUAUGUUCCCAGAGAAAGAGCAUUUCACACUUCUACUAUAAUAGGAAAUUACUUAAUAGUUUUUGGUGGAUAUUCCCAUCGUCAUAAUAAAGAAGAAAUUUGUUACGACAAUCAAAUGUAUUUAUAUCACCUCGGUUGUCAUACAUGGGUAAAUCCUGACAUGCUUGGUAGAACACAAGAUUAUCGAUAUCCCAAACAGCAGGGAGUUUUUGCUCAUGCAGCCGCUGUUAAAAAUGGUAACAUAUUAUUGUUAGUCGGAGGAUAUCAUGGAAAUGUUAAUGGUGAUCUAUUUGCUUACACACUUCCUCCAAUGCUGGCUGCAAAAAAUGGAGAGUAUUUUGAUUCAGAAGCUGCAUGCCCUCGACAUCAUGGUCAUACUGAAUGUUUAGCUGAUCCUGAGUGUGGGUGGUGCUCUGCUGAUGAAGUAUGUUAUGGCAGAACCAUUGGUGCUAAUUGCACAACCAAUUUACAAAUCACUAGAUGUCCAGGAAUUUGUCCAGCUUUGGGAGAUUGUCAUUCUUGUUUAGUUCAUGGUGAUACUCCACCCAAUAUUUCACCCAGGCCAUCUGUAGCUUAUAAAUUGGGUUUUGGUCAAUGCACAUGGUGUGUUCAGAAUGCCAGAUGUCAUCACAAAGAUGAUAAUUAUGGAGUUUGUGGUGAAGACACGCCUUCACAGGUUCCUGGCUGGUGGGGACCCAAAGGCACUGAAGUUCUAAAACCAGAACAAUGCAGAGAAUUAGAUAAACGACCUGGACUAACAUUUUUGAAAUAUCAGCAUCCAGCCAAUUGGUCACAACCCGACCAUGUAACAAUAAUUAAUGCCACUACUGUUGAUUUUAAUGGUGCCAAUAAUCCAGCUACAAGAACUGAACAUGCAGUUAAGGGAGAAAUGGUAGCUCGACUUCAAGGAUUUAUUAGACCACCAUCAUCUUGGGAAGGUGCAGGAGAGACCCUCAAAGUUUGUGCGAGUUAUUCACAUGCUACUUUAAAAUUAAGCAAGAAUUCUGAACCUCUCAAAAUUGUUGCUAACAUCUCAGCGGAGCAGAGCAAAUGUGUUUUAGCAUCAUGGCCAGCAAUAGACACACUUAGUUUAAUGGUUGAUUUUGAAGCACGAAAAAGUGUGACUGGCAGUUCAUUAGACCCACAGCAUAGCAAAAUGGAACUACAGCAUAUGAUAUCCAUGGAAAAUCAUAAGAGUAAUGAGAACGCAAAAGUUUUUACUUUUGAAUACUUAGAGCCCUAUUCAAAUGGGCUAUGCAAUCAGUACACUAACUGCCUACACUGCCUCACUGAUUCUUUAUGUGGAUGGUGCGAUCUGAAUAAUCGUUGUCUUCCCAGAUCUGAAGAUGAAUCUCAAACAUGUGUUGCUGGAAGAGAUUGGAGAUAUCUUACAAUACAACCUAGCGCCUGUGCUAAUUGUUCUAAUUAUAUUUCCUGUGAUAGAUGUUUGGAAUCUGGCCUAUGUGAGUGGUGGACAAAAGAUGCAUAUUGUGCGCGUAAAGGCAGAAUUGAUGAUGCCAUAAAAUUAAAGGAAGAAUGUCCAGCACCGUGUCAUGAGCGUGAUAACUGUUCUUCCUGUUUAGAUGAAAAAGGGCGAUGUGUUUGGUGUGAAGCCACCCAACAAUGUUUUAGUUUCUCUGUUUAUACAAGUGAAUACCAGUUUGGUUUAUGCAGAGAAUGGUUAGAUCAGGAUGUACCUCUACUCCCAUCAUCACAUCAGAUAAAUGAAUCUCUUAAAGUUGAUCAGUGUAAAUCUUGUAGUAGGCAUAUGAAUUGUUCUUCAUGUCUACAAUCAUUAAGUUGUGGUUGGUGUUACAGUCCAGAAAAUCCAAUCCAAGGAGUGUGUAUGCAGGGAGAUUUUAAUAAACCAUAUGGUGAUUGCAAUUUAGCAUUAAAUACAACUCACGAAGAAAGCGAAUGGUCAUUUGCGCAAUGGUCAUAUGCCCAAUGUCCUGAUGUGGAUGAAUGUGGUUUAGGAUUACAUGAUUGUCAUAAAGAAGCUUUUUGUAUAAAUACUCACGGUUCCUACAGAUGCCAAUGUAGAAGGGGUUUUGAAGGCGAUGGGCGAACCACAUGUAGUAGAACCUGCUAUAAUAAUUGUGUGCAUGGUUACUGUAUGGGUGCUCCAAAUUAUGUGUGCCAGUGUCAUCUGGGUUGGGUAGGAGUGGAUUGUGCAACCAAUUGUGGUUGUCAUAACCAUUCAACAUGUCAAACUCGUGUAGGCGUAUGUGAUGAAUGUCAAGACUGGACUGAAGGAACAUAUUGUGAACGUUGUAAAGCUGGUAGCUAUGGCAAUGCAACAUCAAGCGAGGGUUGUCAACAAUGUGAAUGCAAUGGUCAUGGUGAUGAAUCCCUUGGUAUUUGUGAUUUACAAACUGGUAGCUGCUAUUGUCAAGAUAAUACAGAAGGUCCGAACUGCGAAAAGUGUUCAAGAAACUUUUAUGGAGAUCCCACAAAUGGUGGCCAAUGUUACUAUGAAUGUGAAGCUAGAGGCAUGUUAAGUGGUGUUUCUAAGCAAGGAAUCGGAUCAUACCAAUCACAUCAACCACCUUGGGGAGGACCACCUGCUAAAGAAUGUCUUUGGGUCAUCAGCUCACAAAAUAUUGCCGGAGCAUUAAGCACCAACAGUAUUUUACAGUUAACAAUUAAUUCUAAUGAUCUCAAUAUUACCUGUGGAGAAAACGCAGUAUAUGUAUAUGAUGGUUUGCCUGAUUUGAGUGGUACUGGACAACAAAGUCAAUUGUUGGGCGUAUUUUGCAGUGAAGAUACAACACCACCAUUGACUGUUGAAUCAAGAUCAGGGCAUUUGACAGUUCACUACAAACAAGGUGAAAGAGGUCAAGGUUUUAAUGCAGUGUAUGAAGUGAUAAGUUGUGAAAAAAAUUGUGCUCCAUCUCAUAUAUGUAAAGAUGGAACUUGUGUAUGUAAGGAAGGUUUUGCUGGGCCCAAAUGUGAAUUUGAGAUAUGCCCGAAUAAUUGCAGUUCGGUGUUGAAGCAAGGGGCUUGUGAUCAUGGUUAUGGGCGGUGCCUUUGCUCAUCUGGUUUUGGUGGUGAUGAUUGUUCUGUGGAGAUUCAACCAUAUCAAAUAGUUUACACAGAAUUAUUUAAUUCACAAUAUCUAGCAGACUCUUUAGAACACUUGAGAAAAACUUUGCCUCGAUUUGGGCAUACUUUAGUUGCUGAUAAGAGAGGUUCUCUUUGGAUGUUUGGUGGUUAUUCUUUAUCUCAUGGACCUUUAAAUGAUAUUCGACUUUUUGAUACAAAAAAUAACACUUGGAUGCCUGUGACUGUAGAGGCAACACUAGAAGCAAAGAUGCCACAAGGGAGAUAUUUUCAUGCUGCGGAAUAUGUACAUUCUAAACAAGCCAUUUACAUAUUUGGUGGCCUCACUGUUAUGGAAAAAGGUCUUUCAAAUAAUACAUUAGGUGAUUUUUGGCAGUUUAGUUUACAAAAUCAACGUUGGGAAUAUUUAUCUGAUUUUGAUAUUUCACCUCCGCCGUUAGCAGGACACUCAUUAACGCUAGUCAAAGAUGGUGACUCUGAGAGCCUUAUUUUAAUUGGCGGAUUUUCCGCUGUUUCAGGAUUUUUAACGAAUGUUUGGAUUUAUGAUUUAUUGACAAAACAUUGGCAGAUAAUAGAAGCUAAAGGGGCUGGCCCUAUUGGCGUAUUUGGACAUAGCACUGUUUACCAUCAUGGUACAAAGAGUUUGUACGUUUUUGGGGGUUAUGAAUAUAUGACAAAUAGGACAGUAUUGUCAAACAAAUUAUAUGCUUUAUUAUUUAUUGGAGGAACCGUUGAAUGGAGUGAACUUCCUGUAUUUCCUGAUUUGAAUAAUCCUAAAGAUCAACUUCCUAGAGCACGUUUUUUACAUUCUGCGAUCAGUACUGAGAACUACAUGGUUAUAUUUGGUGGCCGUACUUAUCCUCAUAACGUUACUGAUUCCUUGAUAGCUUAUGUUUACAAUUGUAAUCAGUGGAUUAGACUAGUAAAUGAUGUAGAAGUUGUGGGUACGCCUCCUCCACCUUCAUAUGCUCAUGCAAUGACCGUUGACCCAGAAACUAAAUCAUUAUACAUUGUAGGGGGAUGGGACGGAGCCUCCCAUAGUCAUGUCACCAAAGUUGUUUUGCCAUCAGAUUUAUGUACUUUAUGGAGUAGAGGAAAGCAUAUAUGCAGACAUGUGAUGGGAUGUAGCUUUUGCAAAUUGCUGGGUCUUCCAAAUUCAACCUAUUGCUUCUCGCAAGGAAGUUCAAAGGUAUGUGGUGAAAACGCUAGCGUACGAACUAAUAAUGGAGCUUCAUGUGACGAUGAAUGGUUUGCAAAUAGAGGAUGCUCUAAUUUUACUACAUGCACUACUUGUCUGGCUUCGUGGCCUUCCCAUUUAGAAUUAUCACCUGUUUGUAAAUGGUGUGCUGGAUGUGGUAGAGGACGUUGCAUAUCUGCGAUGAACGAAUGCGAUACAGAUAUUAAGUGUGGCAACCGACAGAAACUAACAACUGGCGUGACAAUUGUGGAUGAAUGUCCAGAACGCCAAUGUGCGGCAUCAGAUUGUGAGCAGUGCUUGCAUUUGGGAUCUUGUAUUUGGACUAGACAGGUUCUAAUUACUUCCGAAUUGGGUGUUAAAGUAGCCGCAGAACCGAUUUACAAUUGGAAUUGCGUAUCUGAAGAAAUUACAACAACUAAAAUGAAGGACGUAGCAGUUUGUGCCCCGAGAUGUACUGUCUAUAAGAAUUGUAGUAGUUGCUUGGCAGCUACGGGAUCAGAAGGAGGUUGGCAUGAGUGCAGAUGGUCAACGAAAUUGAAUGAAUGUAUUUCACCGAGUUAUCAAUCUUUAUACUGUGCGGGAGGUGUAUGUGGAUCUGUUCUGAAGCCCGAUAACGCAGGAAUGUGCCCCGAACCUUGCGAAUCUUUCACACAAUGUUCCGUAUGUCUGCGUCAUGCUCACUGUGGUUGGUGCUCGAGACAAGGCAAAGAAGGAGAUGGUGUUUGCGCAGAAGGAUCACUGGAAAGUCCUACAGAAUAUCCAGCAUUAUCAACAUGCGACGUGUUGUAUGCAAGUCGAAAAACCGAUAAUGUGAUUGCACCCAAUGAAACAUUUACUUGGAACUACGUUCGUUGUCCCCCCGAAAACGAAUGUGAAAAUGGACAUCACAAUUGUGAUGAAAAAUCUGAGCAAUGUGUCGAUUUAGAAGUGGGUUAUGCCUGUGAAUGUGGACCAGGUUACAAAUUCGACGGACAAAUUUGUGUCCCGGUGUGUACACAAGGUUGUGUGCGAGGAGUCUGCGUUAAACCUAAUGUUUGUACUUGUGAUUUUGGGUACGUUGGAGCAAAUUGCAGUAUCCAGUGCCAAUGUAACGGGCAUGCCAAUUGCCAAGGACCUGAUAAAUUAAAUGAGUGUAUCGAGUGCUUUAAUAACACGAUGGGUGCUCAAUGUGAAAAAUGCAAGCCUCUCUUUGUUGGUGAUCCCUCCAAUAAUGGACGUUGCGUUCCCUGUUUGGACUAUUGUAAUGGUCACAGUGAAGUUUGCAUCGCGGAUAAUACGGGUAUUGCGCCUCCACCACCAGGCAUGUCCCGGUCAGAUCUUGAAGAUUAUCUGGGAGAAGGACCCAUAGGGGCAGCGCGCUGUUUACGCUGCACGGAUAAUACCACUGGUAACAGAUGCGAAGAAUGCGUUCUUGGCAUGUUUAGGGGUUCUGAAGAUCAUAAACAUCCUUGCAGACCUUGUGAAUGUCAUGGUCAUGGCGACACUUGUGAUCCUGUGACUGGUGAGAAAUGUAACUGCGGUAACAAUACAGAGAGCGAUUCUACUUGUGCCACUGCUGGUGGUGGCAAAAAUUCUGCUUCAGUACAACAUUGCUGGAUGGUACAAUGUUCCAAAUGUCGAGAAUCGUAUGUUGGCACACCUACACAAGGACAUCAAUGCUAUAAACUGAUCUCCGUAAACGAUAGAAUGUGCUUUGAUGCAAAGAAGAUUGAUGAAUGCAAAAUGAAGCCUCGUCCUUUGAAUCCUGGACAAACAGUAUUCUUUGUGGUACAACCUCGUUACAUGAACGUUAAUAUUCACGUAAUAAUAGAUGUAACGCAAGGCAUGUUAGAUCUUUUCUUAAGCCCUCGUGAUGAUACCUUUGUCGUUACAACGAACGCUACUACUAGUUCUCAUUUUGUUGAUAUAGACCCCAAGUAUAGAAUUAGGGAUGAAGAGCCACUCAGUCGAAUAGAAUAUUCUAUGGGUGAUAACACUACAUCCGAAAGGACUUACUGGACUUCUUCUACCCACAGCACUGUAUAUAAUUUGGUGGAUAAAAAUUCAAAAGAUUUGAGCACGUAUAUAACGGUCAAUAAGAGGAAUUUUGUUCUUCAAGUUCAUGGUUUGAGAAACCGUCUUGUAUUGAUACUUCCACAGGAAGUUCAUUAUCUGAACUCCACCAGGUUUUUCAUGGUAUUAAGAGCUGUCAACAAUGAGGACGCUCCUGGAAGACCAAGUUAUGGAAUGGUGUUUACACGUCAAGACCAACUACAUAUCGACUUAUUUGUAUUUUUCUCAGUUUUUUUCUCUUGUUUCUUUUUAUUUUUAUCUGCAUGUGUAGUUGCUUGGAAGGCAAAACAAGCUGCAGAUAUCAGGCGUGCAAGAAGGCGUCAUGUGGUUGAAAUGUUGCAUAUGGCCAAAAGACCAUUUGCAUCGGUAACAUUAUUGAUGGGUAAUCGAGGUAGUCCAGCCGCCAUGAGAAAAAUUAGAGCUCGCAAAUUAGCUAUGCAAGAUAUUGGAGAGAUUAGACCAAUCGCUAUUGAGCCGACGAACGACGGUUCGGCAGCAGUUGCUACUGUAUUUGUUACUCUGCCCGGAGCCAACAAGGCACCAGUUUGUUUAACAAUGGCGAGUGCACUAAUUAUGCUGUCCAGACAACAUCCGGCAGCAGGAAGGCCAUUUAUGCGGCGUAGAAAUAGCCAUCAUGUCACCGCGCCUAUACAACCCACGUGAGUUAACUAUAUUCAUAUAUAUUGGUAUUGCACGUAUGUGCAAAUUAUAUUUGAACCAUAUGUUUAAAAAUAUUGAUCGUUCUUCCGUAUUUAUGCUUAAAUAACGUUAUAAAUUGCAGAUACAGAACAUAGUCGCGCAUAAAUAUUUUAGUUUUUUCUGUCUUCAUUUGCAAACCAAACGCAUAAUGCUUUUCCAAAAUUUGAAUCCACAUUU